AUGGAUAAUUUGUAAUUAACUAGUUUCAAAGAAUAAACCACUAUUGUUUUGAUGCCUUAUCAUCUUAAAAAUAUAUCAAAAUCUAUUUAAAAUCUUAUUCCAAAGAUGAUUUUUACAUGCAGAAUACAUAAUUCAAUUCCUGUAAUUUUGUUAUUAAUUUAGAGCAUUGUAAUUGCUGUUAAGAAAGUUAACAUAGUAUCUGAAUAUCUUGAAACAUUUGAUGAUUAACCAUAAAUGUUUAUUGAUAUUGAAUAUACAGUAACAUUAUUGUAAUUACACUCAGGUUAAUAUAUAAUAUAUAAUUAUUAGGAUCUUUAGUAAAAGGAAGAUUGGUUCAAUAAUUUAAAUCACAUAUGAUUGUUCAAAUCUUUAAUAUUUUUAAUGUUUUAAUACCAGAAGAUGAAAUAAAUGAAAAGUCAUUUAUUUGGAAUGAAAAUUUCAAUGCUUUUAUGAAUAGUAUUUUAUCUAUAUAAUAAACUUAGAGUAAAAUGAGAUAUUAGAAAAUCAUAUAGAAUUAUAAAUUAAAAUCACAGAAGUUAUUUUAAAUGAAGCUGAUUAAAAAGAAUUUCAAAUUAAAGGUUCCUUAAAAGAAAGAAAAUAAACAGGAUAAAUAGAGUAUCUUGAAAAUUCUAUUGGCGAUUAAACAAAAAUUGAAGGAAUUAUAGCAAAAUCCCUUGAUUGUAUAAAUUGAUAU